AAUAUUUAUUCUAAUUACUUCUUGUAGGUAAUCAUGAUGAACUACCACGAGAAGAAUGCUUUAAGUCUAAUAGAAGAAAUGAAUAUAGACUACGCGGUAUAUAACAAUCUACCCGUUCACCACCGCGCCAUCGUAGCCGAGGGUAUCAGAACGAGCCGGGUAUACGCAGAGCGUGGCUACAUCGCCUUCAUUUCCUUCUGCGUUCUCAAUUUCCCAUUCCUAGCAUCCGUCAUGAACACCUACAUCUUCCUUGCUAAAUCUGAACCACCGAAAUACUUCGCUCAUGACGUCGCCAUACCUUUCUUAGAACCGGAAGCUGUAUUCAUCUCUCCGUACUUUGAGAUAAUGACUGUCUACACAGCGUACUGUGCCUUCCUCUAUUUGGUCAAUUUUAUGGGAUAUGAUGCGUUUUUUGGGUUAUGCAUUAACCACGCGUGUCUCAAGAUGAGGCUGUUCUGCGCAGCUAUGGAGGACGCAAUGAAAUCGCAAACGGAGGAACAAAUGCGUGAACGCAUCUCUUUUGUUAUACAAAGUCAAUGCAGAGCGUUCAGCUACGUGGACAGGAUACAAGUAGUGUUCAACGUGUACAUUGGCAUUAUCCUAUUCGCUACCAUGAUACAAAUAUGCACCUGCAUGUACCACGUCACUGAGGGCUACGAACUAGAUCCCAAGUACAUAGUAUAUACACUCGGCACAAUAGCUUACAUCUACAUACCAUGUCGCUACUCUUCUAAGUUGAAAGAUGUGAGCUCCGAGACGGCGACGUUGCUGUACUGCUGCGGCUGGGAGGCGGUGCCGCAGCUGUGGCCGCGCAGAGCACUGCUCUACAUGAUACUGCGCGCGCAACGACCGAAGGAAAUCAUCGCGUUUAACAUGUUCGUCUUUGAUAUGGAACGAUUUGUUGCCAUACUAAAGUCAUCCUACUCAUUAUACACGCUGUUGCGAUCUUAA